AUGCUUGGUUUGGUUAUCGUUCUAUUUAUUAUCAUUGUUAUAAUAAUUUGCUUUCGUUGGUAUUUAUCUCAUGUUCAUUCAUCAUUAUAUUGGUGUUGGGAUAAUGGAAAUGAGGAUAAACGAAUUGCUAUUGAUACAAAUAAUGGUCCUGUUGCUUCAAAUUGGUCUGAAUGGGAACCUACACAUAUUAAACAUGGUCAAAAAUGUGGAUUAGCAGUCGAUCAUUAUCAUCGAUAUAAAGAAGAUAUACAAUUGAUGCACACACUUGGUUGUAAUGCUUAUCGAUUUUCUUUAGCUUGGGAUAAAAUUGAACCCAUUGAAGGACAAUAUGAUAAAGAUAUACUUACUCAUUAUCAUGAUGUUCUAAAAGAAUUACAUAGACAAUCAAUUAUACCAAUGAUUACAUUUCAUCAUUUUGUUCAUCCGUUAUGGUUUGAACAACGUUCAGCUUUUCUUGAUUCAUCUAAUAUAUCAAAAUUUGUUCGUUUUUCUAUUGAUAUGUUUCAAGAAUUUCAAGAUGAAUGUCAUCUUUGGUGUACAAUUAAUGAACCUGAAGUUUACGUAAGUGGCGGUUAUUUUACUGGCAUAUUUCCACCUGGUCAUAAAUCUCAACCGAACGAAGCUUCACUUAUAAUGCAACAUCUUCUACAAGCUCAUGUCGAUAUUUAUGAUGGUAUUAAAAAAAUUGCUCAUCAACCUGAACAACAUUCUAUUGGGAUUGUUAAAGAUAUAUUUCAAUUUGAUCCAUGGAAUCCAGUUAAUCCAUUAGAUAUAUAUACAAGUCAUAUAUUAGAUUAUGCUAUGAAUGGUUGUAUAUUAGAUUUCUUUCGUACAGGUUGUUUUAAAUGGACAAUGCCAGGUACAAUCCAUCGUACAUAUACAAAUUCACGUGCACCAUAUACAAAUGAUUUUAUUGGAUUAAAUUAUUAUUCACAUUUUCUUGUUCGAUUUAAUUUAUUUAAACCAUCAUUCUAUGAAAUUUUACAUCGUCAAGAUGAUAGUGGAAGUGCUCUUAUGACUGAUAUGCCCUAUGCAUUAUAUCCUGAAGGAUUAUAUCGUGCUUGUGUACGAAUUAAGAAUCAAUUACCAUGUAUACCAAUUUAUAUAACAGAAAAUGGUAUUGCUGAUCGUUUUGACGAUCGACGCCAUUUAUUUUUAAGACGAUAUCUUUAUGCAGUAAGUCGAGCUAUUAAUGAAGCUGGUUGUGAUGUAAGAGGUUAUUUUUAUUGGAGUUUAACUGAUAAUUUUGAAUGGGCAGAAGGCUAUGAUAUGAAAUUUGGUUUAUAUCAUGUCGAUUUACAAACACAAGAACGUACAUUACGUGAUGGUUCUAAAUAUUUUCAAUAUGUAAUUCAAAAACAUCGAGAAAAAUACGAGAAAAAAAAUCUAUAA